CUCAUUAGGUUGUUUGCCGUUAGUGUAUCAUAAUUUAUGUUAUUGAAAUGUUAAUAUAUUGUUCAUGGAGUAGGCAUACUUAGCUUAUUCUUUUUGAGGACUUGUCGAGCUAAUUUUUACGACAUGGUGCUUCGUAAGCUGGAACUGAGGGAUGGAGUCAACAUUUACGUGGUUACCCAGCAGUCGUGGUCGGUACUUCCGCUGGUUCACCAACCGGGUCCGGCACUAGAACAUCCCAUCAGCCACAUCCGGUUCAGCUACACCGGAGGUCCACUGUGUCACUUCUCUUCCCAAUGUGUCAGGGCUACACAAGACAUCCAGAGAGUUCACAGGAUGAGUGGCCAUGCAGACAUCACUUACAAUUUCCUGAUUGGUGGCGAUGGGUUCGUGUACCAAGGGAGGGGAUGGUAUCAUCAAUGUGAUCUGCCAGCUGACCUUUCAACCCUAUCUCUCACUUGCCUGGACAUCGCAUACAUAGGCGACUUCUCUGGAGACGAACCCACAUACCUCAUGAUUUCAACUGCAUUGGAGCUUAUUAGAUACGGGAUAAAGCAAGGUUUCAUUAAACCUGGUUUUAGAAUUAUUCCGUUUCAAGAAAACUCAAGAAUUGAAAAUUUGAUAUAAUAAAGCUAAUUGCACUUUGCAUGUAUGUUUAUCUAGUUU